AUGGAUUAUUUUGAUUUUGGUGACGGCUUAUACAAUUUUGAGCAGGAUUUGUUAGAUAUACCAGUAUAUGUGCGCCCUCGAGCAAAAAUACAUAAGCCCAGGGUGAAUCCUCUAGUGAACUAUGAUGCUGUAAAAUUUAGGAAAAAAUACAGAUUUUCCAACGAAAACAUGUUGAAAGUAAUAAAUCUCGUAAAGGAUGACAUAGCUGUGGACACAAGAGGUGGCGGGAUACCUGUCCAUAUUCAAGUAAUGUCUGUGAUUAGGCACUGGGGGCGGCAUGAGAUACAUGAUGACUGCGGAGAAUUGCACGGCGUAAGUCAACCAACUACGUCUCGCUUCUGUAAACGAGUUGGUCGUGCAUUAGCCAGUAAGAGCUCUGAAUUAAAAAAAAUGCCCACAACACUUGCUGAACAGAGUUGUAUACAAAGAGAGUUUGCUGAGCUUUGUCGGUUUCCUCAUGUAAUAGAAGCUAUUGACUGCACUGCACUGGUCAGUAUUUUGUAA